CUUCCGGCUGCAGCAAGAGGGAAAGGUUUUCUUAGCACGCGUUCACCUUGUAGGGGAAGCCGCAAGGGUGAGAUGCGCUGUUCUUUCUUUUUUCUCCUUGAAGCGAAAUGGCUGGAUUGAUCAAUUUUGAGAAUGAAGAGGAGGUGAAGGAGUAUUUGGAUAAUCUGGGUGUCGAGUACAGCUUCCAGUGCUACAAGGAGAAAGAUCCUGACGGUUGUCAACGUCUGGCUGAAUACCUAGAAGGAAUAAAGAAAAACUUUGAAACAGCUGCUAAAGUAUUAAAGGAGAAUUGUGAAAAUAACCUGCACAGUGAGAGCUGCUACAACCUUGGAGUUUACUAUGUGUAUGGGAAAGGUGGGAUUCCUUCAGAUAUGAAAGCUGCCUACAAUUGCUUUUCAAAGUCUUGUGAGAAAGGUGGGAAGAAAUCCAUAAAUGCUUGUCACGGUGCUGGACUGCUGGCACAUGAUGGACGGGGAAAUAAUGAUGAGAAGCCCAAUGAACUCCUAGCCAGGGACUAUUACAGUAAAGCUUGUGAUGGUGAUUUUGCCCCCAGCUGUUUCAACCUUAGUACAAUGUACCUCCAAGGAGCCCCUGGGAUAGCAAAGGAUAUGAACCAGGCAUUGAAGUAUUCCCUGAAAGCCUGCGACUUGGGACACAUGUGGGCAUGUGCCAAUGCUAGCCGAAUGUACAAAUUGGGGGAUGGGGUUGAGAAGAAUGAUGCCAAGGCAGAAAGCCUAAAGAACAGGGCAAAGGACCUACACAAGCAACAAUAUGCAGCUUCAAGCUCCUUAACUUUUGGAGAGUAAGCCCAGUCAAGUGAUCUACAGUUUUCUCAAGAGGAGUAUUUUACUUAAUGGUGCAGAAAUUGUCUGCCAAUCCAUUAUGUUGCAUGCUUAAAAGAUGCAUUUGUGUCCAAAAGAAUCUUUUUUUGCAAGUACAAAUUGCUAUUUUGUAAUACAGUAAAAAAAAUCUACAUUUUUAGGAUGUUGCUUCUCCUACGCGCACACCCUGUAACUUUAGCAAGUUUAGAGGACAAAAUGUUAGACUGUCAUUUUUAAAACUAGAGUGUGAUAACUAUUCUAACCUAAACUGAUUUUUAGUAGAACUUGCUUGUUGAAUGCAUAGAAAUUACACAUACAGAAUUAACUGUCAAAAUCUUGUGUGAGCAUUAGAAAAAGAAAUCAAGGUUGCAACCCUUUUCACACUUAUGGGAAGGAAGUCCCAUUGAACACAAUGGAACUUACUUCUGAGAACGCAUGGAUAGGAUUUCAUUAAAAGAGUCCAUUCUGCAUCUAGACAUUUAAAGAAACUUGCUGAACAAGUCCCUGGAGUCUAAAAUGUAUCAUUUUUAUUUCUUUUGUCCAAAGUCUCCCAAAUAUCAGUUUAAAAAUGAAAGAGGGAGAGCCAAGUCCUGUCCUGAGGCUUAGAGACCACACAAAGGGAAGGGGAGUGGUGAGAUAUAGUAGAGAGCAGGUGCAGAAUUUUUUUUUGUCUGGAGGGCUGCAUUGGGUAGUGCCAGGGGCCUGCGCAUGCACACAUAUGCUCAGACUCUGGCUUAUAAACACACACUUAAACAUACAUCCCUUCCUUAUCUCUGAUCUCUAAUCAGAGAUCAGAGCUAAGGUAGAGGAAUCCUAGGCUGUGCCAUUGUGGUUUUUUCAGCAUUAGAUGAUACGAGGGUGGGGGUCUGGUACACUGCAUGAAGCCCAUGAGCUGCACUUUUUGCACCAUUGCAGCAGAGGAAGGAGAUCAGUUUGGUAAGUUGUAAACAUGCACUUAUAUCUGAUGGGGACUAGGUUGAUCUUUCAUUGCUGGUGGUCUUGCUUGGAGAGAGGUGCUACAACUGGCGCAGCAGCCCUUGAUCCCCUGGUUGGUGUUAGAGUCCAGAGUGUGCUUCCCUUCAGCUCUGCAGUCUUUGAGGACAGCAAAAACAUUUUAGUUCUAAAUAGAUUAACUAAUAAGCAAGUUAGAUUAAUUCCAGUGGCCCCAACAUUGAUGGAAAUAUGCCUUGGAUGACAUUAUGAGUAAUAUGUUAAUAGGAUAAUUUAGAUAUUCCUGUUUACAAGGCAGAAUGUAUGCGAAACAUUGCUUAUUUUAGCAAGCUAGGAAUAGGCAGCUCUUUAUAAUAUUAUUCUCUCUUAGGUACAAGUAAAGAAAUUAAACCCAGUCAUGUUGUUUGCAACUAGUACGUGGAUGAUUGAUAUAAAUGAUCUUAGCAAGAGAAAAUACUACUGCUUAUAUAAGUUCUCAAAAAAUGGUUACUGAUGAUCAGAAUUCUUUUUAAAUUCAGGGCCAGUUCACUUCAUAGUGAACAUGCAAUUCCUGUAAUCUGGAUGAUCACAAAUACAGCAGGCACCUUAACCAUUUGUGCAUUGCCGAAACAAAGGACAUCUGAGACUAUAUAUUUGCAUAAAAUAUGCAUAUGCCAAUUUAUUUGUAUAUAUGCAAAUUUUGAAAUUGCUAUAAUUUAAAUAGAAACACAAUACUUCUCACAAUAGUGAGGAAAAGUGCCUGGAUGACCUGUCUACCUGUUCAAUCUACUGUCCAGAUUCUUCCUGUUGAUGGACAGCUUCAAGGCCCCUGCUCUCCCUUAUGGUUAUUUUUAAAUUAGAUUGAACAGGACUUCAAAUAGAUAUUGUCUUUCACUAGAGGAUUGUCCUCUAAAGAAGACACAUGUCCACCAUACUUUGGAUCAUGAGAACUACUGUAGCCCUAGCAGUGACUGCAUGAAGUAGGCAAUACGUUUCUCUUACAAGGAAAUUGGGAAAAUAAAAUGUAGAAAAUAAAAUUGUGCUCACCUGUUCUGAGACUUGUAACAAAUCACUUUGGAAACAAUUUUGUUGGUUAUACAUUUUCUCAAUAGAUUGUUCUAGAUGACAUUCAGCUUUGUUAGCUAUUUUCCAUUCAAUAGUUAGUUUGGAUCAUGUAUUUUUAAAGGGCAGCUUUACUAACCAAAUCAAUGACCUCUUGGGUAGGAAAACACUAAUAGUGCAAUCCUACGUAUGUCUAUUCACAAAUAAUCCCCGUUGAGUUCAAUGGAACACCCAGUUAAGAGAGUAAAGGCCACAAUCAGUUCAAACUUUCAGAUAUAAUAUCAAGAUGUGUAACUGUUCAUUCUGAAGGAGCUCAUAAAAUUAAUAGACUGCUUCUACAUUUUUUUCUGACACUAGGAAACACUCAGGUUUUAAAAUCCACGUUUCAAUGAGCAUAUUAUUCUCGUGUUUGUAUAUAGCAGGCCCUAGAAAAUAUUUUAUUUCCUGUCAGGGUGCUGAUUUAAAUCUGAACAAGAGUGGGCCAUUUUAAGACAUAAUAUGUUGUGCCAUUUAUAAUUAUAAUAAUUAAACUUCAGACCAAAGAACUUACAUUUUCUUCCUUUAGCAGUUCAUAUCCCAAGGUCACCAUCAUACAUACUGGUUUAUUACAUGUGUUCUCAAUUCUAUCAUGGAUGUGGAAGAGUGCAAUUGCCUGAUCAUUCCUUAAAUCUGUUCUUUUCAUUACUGCCCUCUGAUUUUUAAAUUACCACUUCCUUUUAUAAGUAUUUGUAAUAAAAUUUUUAUAAAUUUAUUUUAU